AGGCUGUGGGCCAGCGGCCGGGUCCGAGAAGCUCCCCAGCCCUUUUUCUCGUCCCUAAAACGGGAGGGAGCACCGCGUCGGCUCCGCAGGCUGUUGUGAGGAUCGCUGAGCGCAGCUGCGGGCGCGGGGCUGAUCUGAGCCCCGCGGAGGUGGCCUGGCAAUAAGGGCGGCCGAUCCGGGGCUCAGCGGCUUCUCCUCCUUGCAGCUCUGGCUCCCGCGCCUCCCGCUGAGGACCCAGGGGCCCGCCCCUGCCUUCCGUCCUUCCAGGAUGGACGAGGAGAGCCUGCAGACCGCCCUCCAGACCUACGACGCCCAGCUGCAGCAGGUGGAGCUGGCGCUGGGUGCCGGCCUGGAUCCCUCCGAGCUGGCCGACUUGCGCCAGCUGCAGGGGAACCUGAAGGAGCUCAUCGAGCUCACCGAGGCCAGCCUGGUAUCUGUCAGGAAGAGCAAGGUGCUGGCCGCACUGGAUGGAGAGCACCCGGCCCAGGACGAUGCUGAGUACCUGGCUUUCCAGAAGGCCAUUGCUGAAGGGGUGGAGGUGCCUGUAGCCCCCGGGACAGAGCUGGAGACCGUUCCUGAACGAGAGGCAAAGCCAGAACCCAGCGGGCCUGGGCAGGAGGAGGAAGAGGGGGAGGACGAGGAGGAGGAGUGGAGUGGGAGGAAGGUGAACGCGCCCUACUACAGCUCCUGGGGCACCCUGGAGUAUCACAACGCUAUGAUUGUGGGCACGGAAGAGGCCGACGAUGGCUCCAUGGGCGUCCGGGUGCUGUACCUCUACCCCACUCACAAGUCCUUGAAGCCCUGCCCGUUCUUCCUGGAGGGAAAGUGCCGCUUCCAGGAGAACUGCAGGUAACUCCCCGGGGCCGUGCGGGGGCGCGAGGACUCGCCCGCAGGCUCAGGGUCGUCGUGGGUCUGACCAGGAGAGAGCUCUGGGGGCUGGUGGCUCCUCACAGCGUUGUCCUCGGUCGAAUGUUCACUGGAUUUUCUUGAGUCAAAGGAUGCCCCCCCACCCAUCACUAGUUCCAUUUUUUAGGGUAGAACUUGUAAAUAGACUUUGUCACGGAACUGGAGAGCGCAGCGCCCUGUCUAUACCCGAUACCCGGCUUUAUUGUGGACCACCCCUUGCCAGGCUCCGUUUGGCUCCUGUCUUACUUUUGUUUCCCUGGACUAUUUUAAAGCAAAUUUUGGAAAUUA